AUGCGGAAGUUUAAGAGGAAAGUUUACCGCGAGUAUGAAAAUUUUGUGCGGCCCAAAACCCAUGUGGAACCGGAACCUCCAAAACCCAUUAAUUUAUCGAUCGAUGACUUCAAUGCGCGCGGGGAAAUCGCCAAUCCACGUGCGCCUUGUGUGGUGACCACCAUCGAUCCGGAUUACAUAAAAGAUGCCAGUCUGCAGCGUUUGGCCCGAAAGUUUCGGAUGAAAACGGACAUUCUUCUCCUGAGAGGGAUUACGCGCAACCGCUUCAUGUACUAUGCCACGCAAGAACUGUUUCUGGACCGCAAGCGAGAGAAGGAGUACCAGGACAGCCUCUACGAGAAGGCCGAGGAGUUUCACAAGUUUGCCGAGGACUCUCUGAAGAAAAUGGAGUCGGACGAAUUCAAGAAAAUGCUGGAGGCCCAGGAAAAGCUAAAGACUCUGAAGGAAAGCAAGUUGGCCGAGGAGCUUAACGAGGUGAAGCUGGAGCACCAGCGCGUCCUGAUGGAAGUGCAGGAGGUAUACGGGCGCUUUCAGUAUCUGCUCAAGCUGAUCAGCUACUUUGACGACACGGUGGAGGAGGAGCAGACCGAAGGUGGCGAUGACAGCAAUAGACUUGUGAUGCCGCAGGAGAUUGUGGCCAUGGAGAUCACCGAACGACAUCCAGCGGGUCUGGAGCAAGUGCGUCAGGUGCAAAACUACAUGGAAAAGAUAGUGCGACCCUAUUUGGCCAAACGGAAUCACCUCAACGCGGACAUCUGGAUUCGGGGCUAUGAGAGGAACCGCUUGAAGGUGUCCAACUACAAUAGACGUUUCACCCAGCUAGCUCUGUUGAACCACAUUGUGGGCAUCCUCCACGAUAAGUCCCAGAAGACAUAUGAGCGCCAGGUGAAAGCCAAUGUGUUCCUCAAGGAUCCUGAGUUUCUGCAGCGUCGAGUGGCAGGGCUCCAGGAGCGUGCGAAGGGUCUAUUGAAUGACUACGAGCAGAGAUACUGCAAGGACAAGCUGAACAUCAAGCUUAAUAGUAUUAUCCCAGUAAUACUCAAGCAAAUCCAAAACAAAGUCCAGCCGGAGCAAAAGAAGGAGGUGACGGAGCCACCUCCUAAGCCAAUAGCUCAGAAGUCCUCCAAGCAGUGGAGGACCCUGGAGGAUAUGCAGCCUCCUCCACCACCACCCAAAUCCACAUACGAGGACGAGCAGGACACAACACUGGCUAAAGUGGAGAAAAUCCAAGCCUAUGUUCUGGAUAUCUUGGCUAAGUUGGACCACUUUGAGCCGAACAAGCUGCGUAGCGUGGAGCAGCAGGUUCGCCGUCGCAUAGCAGCGGAGAAGGAGAUGUCUCGACGCGCUCUGGUCAAACAGAACCGCCUCCACAACUGGAUGGCUCACUUCAAGAAACAUCACGAUCUGCAGGUGGAGCAGCGAUGGAAGAACAAGGUCUAGGUUGAAG